AUGACUACAGGCGAUAAUUCAACUAAAAUCAUCCUUUCCUCACCAGAGGAUUGGAAUAGUUGGAUUCGAAAUGUUCAGCGUAUUGCAGAAUCCGGCGGCAUCAAAUGCUGGGUAUACCUUGAUCCCACUACAACAGUUGUACCUAUACCAGAGUUGCUAGAUGAACCAGAGCUACCCACAGUUGAUGAAAAUGCUUCUGAGGCUGUUAUUGAUAGGGCUUUAAAGCAAUAUCAGAUGCAACUAGAGAACUAUCGUAUCAAGAAUACCAAAUACGAGAAAAUCAACAAGGCCAUUUCAGAGGUUCUCAAGUACAUACUUUCAUCAAUCAACCGCAAUUGCGAAAAGUUUAUUAGUACCACCAGUAUCACAGCACCUCAAGUGCUUGCUGAUUUACGCAAAAGGCUAGCACCAACUGAUCGUGCGAGAGAGCUUACCGUCGUAGCACGAUACAAUUGUGUAAAGCAACCCUACAAAUCCAAUCAGGAUAUUUAUGAAUGGUUGAACGAAUGGGAACUCAUCUACACUGAGGCUAAAACUCUCAAUCUGCCAGACGUCGAUCGAAAUCGAGCUGCGUUCGACUUUUCUACAGCCCUUAUGAAUCACAGCUCCUCUUGGGCAACUUCAACUCUGUUGGAGAUCACCAAAAAGCUCAAGAAUCAGCCUGAAGAAACGAUUGAUGUGUACGAUUUAAUCGAAGACUUUCGAAACUACACUCGACUCACACAGGCAUCAACUACUUCAACCUCUUCUACGUCAUUUGCAACCUAUAAGGAUGGGAAUAAAGAUAAAAAGGAAGGAGAGAGAACCUGUCUAUGUGGCAAGAAACAUCUAUAUGAAAAAUGCUACUAUCUAUAUUCGGAUAAUCGACCAAGGAACUGGAAACCAAUCGAUGCCGAUAUUGAAUACUUCAAGAAGUUCUGGGGAAGGCAAUCAACAAAACGAAGGAACUGGUUUGUUCGUAGACAUGAAGGAACUAAAGAACUUCUCAAGCUAGCAAAUCUCUCUUGGGAUCCAGCAUGGAAGGAAACAUUGACUAAUCCUUCAGAAUCUGGAAAAGAGAAAGAUAAGGAUCUUGGGGCUUUUCUCACUAAACAAAGUCCUACCUACAACAAUGCUAGCAUCCUUCACAAAUGGCUAAUUGAUAGCGGUUCCGAUACCCAUGUCACCAACUCUCUACACAACUUUGUUCUUGAAGAGUUUGGAAAGCCAUCCGAUAUGAUAAGCGCUGGAAGGGACCGAUUCCAAAUUGAAGCAUUCGGUACUAUCACUAUGUUGAUCAAUACACCAACUGGGCCAGGGCAAAUAACCUUAAAAAGAGUGGCGUACAUCCCAGGGUUUCUUACAAACCUAGUCUCUCUAGCUUUACUCUCAAAGAAAGGUGUACAUUGGAACACUGAACACCCAGAUGUCCUUACAAAAGAAGGCAUUGCAUUUAUUACUCUGAAGCAAACAGGAGACCAUUGGACCCUCGAUCCUAUUAUCCCUUCUCAGCAUGCUUCGUUUGCCACCAAAAACCACACCAAAUCAAUAUGCCGAAAGGUUACAACAACAGAGUUACAUGAUCUUCUAGGCCAUCCUUCUCUCGAAGCCCUUCAGCACCUAGAAUCAGCAACUACUGAUAUCAUUAUCGACAAAACGAUUUCGACACCUUCCUUCUCUACCUGCAAAGUUUGUAAUCUCUCGAAGGCUCAACAGAUUAUAUCUCGUAAUCCAAGGAAGGAGAUGCCAGAGAACGGCCAUGUCGGAGAUCGAUUGGCAUGGGAUCUGUUCGAGAUGGAUGAGGCUUAUAAUAAUACCCGAUAUAUCAGCCACUUCUGGUGUACGACACACAAAAUACAAUGGGUGUAUGUUCUAACUAGGAAAACAGAGAUGAUCGAUAUUAUGGAUACUCAAUUCUCUCUGAUACAAACACAAUUCGGCUCAAAGGUCCGAUUCAUACGCCUCGACGGUGAAACUACGUUAGGGGGCGACUUCAAGAGGAUCACAGACAAACGUGGCAUCAUUGUCGAACGCACUCCACCAGAUACACCAGCACAGAAUGGCGCUGCAGAGAAUGCUGGUAAAAUGCUCAUGGUCAGAGCAAGAGCCCUCCUCCUUUCAGCAAACCUACCACAAAACCUUUGGCCAGAAGCAAUUAAAACAGCCGGUUAUCUUGAAAACCGUACUCCAAAAAGAGCUCUUCAAUGGAAAACACCAUUUGAAAGUGCUACUGGCAAUAAACCUUCGCUAGCACAUCUACAUCCAUAUGGGUGCUUGGCAUAUGUGCUCAACAAGCAGAUUCCAAGACGUGCGAAGAUGCAACCUCGUGCAAAACUGGGCUAUCUUGUAGGGUAUGAUUCAACGAAUAUCUUCAGGAUCUGGCUCCCUUCCAUAAAUCGCAUCAUUCGAAGUAGGGAUGUCAAAUUUGAUGAAACCCGGUAUUAUCGACCAGAAGAUAUAGAUAUUGGCUUUCUUAUUAAGGAUCAACUUCGGGAUACUGCAGCUAUUCACGAAAAGAGGGCAGAAGAGAUAGAAAUAUCGAAUCUGUUGAGUGAAGAAUCAGAUGAGAGUAUUGGUGAUAUAAUUGUAGUUGAAGGGCCAUGGAACUUACAACACAAUCGCUUAAACGAGCGACCAACGAAUGAAAGCUCUUCAAACAAGACGGAUGAUGGUAUUCCAACCAAUGAGGGGGUUCCUCAAACUAACCCUCAAUUGCCAACGCCUAGAGCAACCUUAUCACCAGAAGCACUUACAAGACAAUCUACUGGAGAUGUUCCUAUACCAUCAUUACCGGAGUCAGAACUCUCAUCUUCCCCAUCAUCAUCGUUAAGUCAACAUGAUAUCAUCACUACAACAUCAUCUCAUAAUACAGCACCUUUGGCAGAGCAAAUACGUGCCGAUAUCGACGUAUCCCAUAUAAUUCAGGGUUCUAGACGUUCACAAAGGAAAGAACAUCAUGCUGCAGCACUUUCAUCACUUCCUCAACUAUCCAGCUACUUUGCAGCAUUUGCUAUCGGAAGGUCUAAAUUACGAACUCCUAGAUUACAUCAAAAUGAUCUACCACCUCCACCUCGAUUUUAUCAUGAGCUAGUACAUACAUUGCAAUACCUUGAGAAUACCAAAUUCUAUGCUAUCAUGUUCGAUGGGAAGAAAGCAACAACUACCAGGAACUUUCAAAUCUGGAGUGACGCCUCCCAUGCUGACGAUAUCGAUACAAGAGUUUCUUCAAUGGGAUAUUGCCUCAUACUCUUUGGAGGUUUGAUCCACUUCAAAAGCACUAAGCUGAAGUCGGUGACUACUUCCAGCACACACUCUGAAAUACUGGCUCUUUCCGUUACUGCUCGAGAGCUUAUGUGGUGGAUACGCUUCUUUAAGAAUGUUGGUUUAGAUCUCGAAGAAAAGGCUUCAAUUUUCUGUGAUAAUCGCCAAACCAUUCGACUUCUUCAGCAUAGUACUCCUAGACUUGUUACAAAACUCCGGCAUGUUGAUAUACACUCCUGUUGGCUUCGCCAGGAAGUGCAAGCAGGAAGGCUACAAGUCGAAUGGGUUCCAACUACUGAAAUGGUUGCAGAUGGUUUCACUAAACCUCUACCACCACAGAAACACACUCAUUUUAUCAAUCUUUUGGGAAUGGUUGACAUUCGGUCUCAGGUUCAGGAAUAA